UAACACCAGGUUGCAGAGCAAUGACUCCAGUUACAGUCCAGCGUGGUGUAGAAACAGAUCAAGAGAGGGAGAGAACAGCAAGGAGAGAAAUAUGACAGGUUACAUUCGCUCAGCUCUCAUGGCUCCAUUAAUGCUCCUGUUGAUCCUUCUGUCUGCAGCAGCUUCUGAUCUGAUUGAGGUAACAGAGCACCCUGGAGAUGAUGCCAUUCUGCCAUGUCGGGCUGCUGAUUCUUCCAUCUUAGCUGUAGAAGGGAGCAGACCUGACCUGGAGCCAGAUAUCGUCCUCUUAAAUAUUGAUGGACACUUGAAUACAACCCACCAGCAUCCAUCCUUUAAGGACAGGGUGGACCUGGUGGACAGAGAUCUGAAGGACGGAGACGUGUCUUUAAUUCUGAAGAAUGUGAACAGACAUGACGCUGGAACAUACGAGUGUCGAGUUAAACCAGCUGAAUCAAGCCGUAAAAAGAGAGGCAUCAUCGACUCUGAGCCAAUCAGAAUCAUCCGUCUGCAGGUUCCAGAGCCAGCAGGUCAGAAGAGUGCAUUCUCCAUGGAUAAAAACUCAACGAAUGUCCCUGAGGCUAAAAACUCCUCUCCUGUAGGCCGAUACGUUGGACUGGUAGCUGUUCUGAUUCUUGUAGCUGCUGCAGUGGGUGUUGUCCUGAUGUAUAAAAGAUGUAAGAACAAGAGACCAGGACAACCUGCUGCUGAUAAUUUUAAAGCAUCUCCCCUCCUUCAAUCUCCACCUUAACGUGGUGGAGGGGUUUGUGUACCCGAUGAGUCUGAGAGCUGUAUUGUCUGGAGCUCUGAACUCCUGUAGGGUCUCCCUUGGCAGAUUGGUCCCAGAUGAGGGUCAGACUAAGAGAGAUUCAGUUCAAAUUAACUUUAGAGAACUAGAACAUCUUACUAGGGAUGCACCGAUCCAACUUUUUCAGUCCCGAUACCGAUG